UGGCUGCGUGGGGUCCGCAGGCGGUGGUGGCGUCGGGGAGAGUGCGGGGCUGGGCUCUUUGGAGUCAAGGUGGCCCCGAAAGGCCAGUAAAGAAUCUGGGGAUGGGUAUGCAGAAACCGGGCAUGCCUGUGACCCGGCCUCCCUCUUUCCCCCUCUUCCCUCAGGCGCAGGUCUGCUGGCUGCCUCGCGUGGCCUCCGAGCCGUGCCGGGCGGGCUUCGGGGAAGCUGAAGUGACUUUGGAGUCGGGAGGCGCGGAGCUGGAGCCCGGCCAGGCUCCGAGGAGAGUGAUUUUCGUGGACUGCCCUGGGCAAGAGUCAGCCCUGCUUAGCACUGAUGGUGACUUUGCUGUGCUGAAUGGUAGAACAGUCCAGGAGAGGAAACCAUUGAAGAUCUCCCCAUCCAACCGUAUCUUACGAAGACGCAAGAGAGAAUGGGUGGUUCCACCGAUAUCCGUCUCUGAGAAUGGCAAGGGUCCCUUCCCCCAGAAGCUCAAUCAGCUCAAAUCUAAUAAGGACAGAGGCACCAAGAUUUUCUACAGCAUCACAGGCCCUGGAGCAGACAGCCCCCCUGAGGGUGUCUUCGCCAUAGAGAAGGAAACAGGCUGGUUGUUGUUGAAUAAGCCGCUGGACCGGGAGAAGAUUGCGAAGUAUGAGCUCUUUGGCCACGCUGUAUCAGAGAACGGUGCCUCAGUGGAAGACCCCAUGAACAUCUCCAUCAUUGUAACUGACCAGAACGACCACAAGCCCAAGUUCACCCAGGAUGUUUUCAGAGGGAGCGUCUUGGAAGGGGUACUACCCGGCACUUCUGUGAUGCAGGUGACAGCCACAGAUGAGGACGAUGCCAUCAACACCUACAAUGGGGUGGUUGCUUACUCUAUCCAUAGCCAAGAGCCAAAGGACCCACAUGACCUCAUGUUCACCGUCCACCGGAGCACGGGUACCAUCAGCGUCAUCUCCAGUGGCCUGGACCGGGAGAGAGUCCCUGAGUACACACUGACCAUCCAGGCUACAGACAUGGAUGGGGAUGGUUCUACCACCACAGCAGUGGCCAUAGUGGAAAUCCUCGAUGCCAAUGACAAUGCUCCUGUGUUUGAUCCUCAGAAGUACGAGGCCCAAGUGCCUGAGAACAUGGUGGGGCACGAGGUGCAGAGGCUGACAGUGACUGAUCUGGAUGCCCCCAACUCACCCGCAUGGCACGCCACCUACCGCAUCUUGGAAGGUGACGACGGGGACCAUUUUACCAUCACCACCCACCCCGAGAGCAACCAGGGCAUUCUGACAACCAGGAAGGGCUUAGACUUCGAGGCCAAAAACCAACACACCCUGUACGUUGAAGUGACCAAUGAGGCUCCCUUUGUGGUGAAGCUCCCAACCUCCACGGCCACCAUAGUAGUUCAUGUGGAGGAUGUGAAUGAGGCACCUGUGUUUGUCCCACCCUCCAAAGUCAUCGAGGUCCAGGAGGGCAUCUCUGUCGGGGAGUCUGUCUGCACCUACACUGCGCAGGACCCUGACGAGGGAAAUCAGAAGAUCAGCUACCACAUCCUCAGAGACCCAGCAGGGUGGCUAGCAAUGGACCCAGACAGUGGACAGGUCACUGCCACGGGGGUUUUAGACCGUGAGGAUGAACGGUUUGUGAAGAACAAUGUCUAUGAAGUCAUGGUCUUGGCCACAGAUGAUGGGAGCCCUCCCACCACUGGCACUGGGACCCUCCUGCUAACACUUAUGGACAUCAACGACCAUGGCCCGGUCCCCGAACCCCGACAGAUCACUAUCUGCAACCAAAGCCCUGUGCCCCAAGUGCUGAACAUCACGGACAAGGACCUGUCCCCCCACACCUCCCCUUUCCAGGCCCAGCUCACACAUGACUCGGAUAUCUACUGGACAGCAGAGGUCAAUGAGAAAGGAAACACAGUGGCCCUGUCCUUGAAGAAGUUCCUGAAGCAAGACACAUACAAUGUGCACCUUUCUCUGUCUGACCAUGGCAACAAGGAACAGCUGACAGUGAUCAGCGCCACGGUGUGUGACUGCCACGGCCAUGUGGAGACCUGCCCCAAACCCUGGAAGGGGGGCUUCCUCCUCCCGGUCCUGGGGGCUGUCCUGGCUCUGCUGCUUCUCCUGCUGGUCCUCCUCUUGUUGGUGAGGAAGAAGAGGAAGGUCAAGGAGCCCCUUCUGCUCCCAGAAGAUGACACCCGUGACAAUGUCUUCUACUAUGGCGAAGAGGGAGGUGGUGAGGAGGACCAGGACUAUGACAUCACCCAACUCCACCGUGGUCUGGAGGCCCGGCCUGAGGUCGUUCUCCGCAAUGAUGUGGCGCCGUCCUUCAUCCCCACACCCAUGUACCGUCCACGUCCAGCCAACCCAGAUGAGAUUGGGAACUUCAUCAUCGAGAACCUGAAGGCGGCAAACACGGACCCCACAGCCCCGCCCUACGACUCCCUGCUGGUGUUUGACUACGAGGGCAGCGGCUCUGAUGCCGUGUCCCUGAGCUCCCUCACCUCCUCAGCCUCUGACCAGGACCAAGACUAUGACUAUCUGAACGAGUGGGGCAGUCGCUUCAAGAAGCUGGCAGACAUGUAUGGUGGUGGCCAGGACGACUAGGCGGCCUUCCAACAGGACCCGGGCUAAAGGUGGGCCGCAGUGGCAUUUCCAAGGAGCCUGAGUCCUCUCCUCAGCCAAGAACUUGGGAGCUUGUCAAGAAGUGGCCUUAGCAACUUGGAGGAGAGAGGUGUCAAGUCUGACAUUAAGGGGUGGUUUCUGAGCCUUUCAGAAUAGAGGGCCAUGGGCAGUUUGAUUUCACUUCUGAAGACCUCUCAGACUAGGCCAGGGUUGCUUCUGAGACCAAAUUUCCAGGAGUCUAUAACCUGCCAUAAAAUGCCUGGCUCUAUGUCCUGAGACUGGACAGACUCUGACCACCCCCUGCACCCCCCCGCCCCCCCCCCCCCCCCGCCGUGAUGAUGUUUUCUCUGGAAUGGACCCAGCUCCUUAGAAUGAAUGAGGCCUCUUAUCACAACAUGGAUUUUUUUUUUAAUUUUUUUUUGAAUACUGUCUUCAAAAAGUUAGAGGCGGGUCUUCAGCCGUCCUCUGGAUUCCUCCAGAAGUCCAGACCUCAGCUGCUCAACUUACAUGCCCUCAUGCAUUUGUGUCUCUUCUCCAGGCGAUAAGGCCUCCUGUUGGAAUGAAUUACUGCGUUUUUAUACUGAGCGCGACUAGGUUGUCCUUUAUUUUUUAUUUUCCCUAUUGAGUGCUGUAGAAAAAGGGUGAUGACAAUCGUGUAAAUGUACUACAACUUUUUUAUUAAAGGAAUUUUUCCCAGA